AGAGAAACCACGACCCGAUUGUCUCCAACCGUUCUUCGUCUUCUGCCUUCUGCCUUCCGUCCUCCGUCCUUCCAUCACCUUCUCGCAGACGUCAUGUAUUAUACAUCGAUUGGGCUUCUCCUCUUUAGUCCUAAUUCGUCCUUUUAUUUCUUUCAUUAACGACACCGAUCUGGAGGCUUCUUCUGAUUGAAUCGAACGAAGCAAUUGGUUGUUCAAAAGAGACCGACUUUCCAGGCGUUUAACGUAAUAUACAGAGUACUGUGUCCACUCGACCACGCUGCACGGGGCAGGUUCAAAUUCGACCCGAUAGCUCCAGAACUGAGUAGAGCUCGUCCCCGUGGAACGCAACAGAGAGACGCGGUGAGGUGAGGUACGAGGCGGAGAGGGGUGGGUGAUAAAGGAACAAUAUCUCGAAUAUCUCGACCAUGUCAGGUCGCAGCGCCCACGUGCGCAAGAAGAUCGGCAAUGAAGCCACCAAGGACGGGAAAAACGCUUCACGAAAUCAUCCUCCACCACCACCACCGCUGAACCCCGGUGGAAGUUACGGUCCAACUUACGGUCAAGGUUACGCUCACAGCUAUGACUACGAGGACGUCGCUUUAAGCGACUUCCCCAUGCCGGGAAGCUCGCUCCCCGUCGGCACCGGAGUCGGGACGACGAACGCACGCUUUUUGAAAUUCUCCGAGCCCCUCCAUGACGCCGCCGACGGGACCUUGGCCGGCAGCGUCGGGCGGCGCAAUCUCACCUUCAGCAGCGCCAUGAGCAUAAGCAGCGGCGGAAGCAGCGCCGAAGGGCGCCGGGAGACCAGCCCCAUCGACGAGUUCGACCACGACCACGACCAAGCCUGGGGUCUCCAGAGGAAACAGACCCUCAGGACCGAGGACGUCUCGGGUAUCGAGCGGUCCGGCCUGCGCAGCAUGCUCGACAAGAAGAGCGAGGGCGUCCGCAAGGGUAUUGCGAAGACGCUUGCCUUUCGGAAAAAGGACAAGGAUGCCCGCCGUGACAGCCUCGACAAUAAAGCGUUCGAACAGCGAUCGCCUACCGCCGCCACUAUGCGACCCCAGGGGGCCCAUCCUCUCAACGCUAUCGAGCUCCCCGGCGGAGAAUUUGGCACGCCUGCCGAGCUCGAAUCGCGUGUCCCCAUCUCUGGCUCGGUGCCGCUAACCGGCCGACGACUGACCAGCGGGACACUCGAUUGGAACCCCAACAACGAUAACAUGGACCACAUGAAUCACGGCAAUCCAUGGGCAGAGCCUCCCCCGCCACCCCCUAUAGGCAAACUGCCUCACAUCCCCACCGCUCAACCACCGCCUAUGAAGCGGUGGGUCGGCGGCGGCCGGCCAGCACAGCGCUGGAAUAAGCUGCGCAAGGACCCCGAACUCUGGGACCCAAACGGCGACGUCCUUGUGUAUUUCGGUCACCGCGGGCAGACGCCAAAACCGAACCCGUCUUUCCGUCUCUCAUCUCACAUCAUCGAGGCCACCGAGUCGCGACCGCUGAUCACCAUGCUGCGGGAAGGGUCCACGGAAGAAGACCUGGACUUCCAGUUGCCUCCGUCGCCCCGAGGGGCACCGCCUUUGCCCCGUCACGACAGGAGGCGCGGUACGCAACACCACCACGGAAAAGACACGGGGCCGGCUGCUGCUACCGCCGCCGCCGCCGCCGCCGCCGGUGGUCAGCCCAGCCCCCCCGCAUCCGAGGAUAACAGCGUCGGCGAUGCGGACGGGCAGAUCUCGUACGAGAUGUACUUUCCGACACCAUCUGGCAUGUCCAAGGUCGACCAGUUCCGCCACCACAUCACGACGCGGAACAUGUUUGCCCUGUUCUACCACGCCUCCCUCGUGGGUAUAUCGCUGUAUCAAGCGCUGUCGGACCUCCACGCCCGGCUCGAUGCGUACAUGCCGGCGAAGGCGGACAAUGUGGAGACCAUGGUCAAGUAUCUCGCGGCACGCGGCCUCGACGACGUCCGCGGGGAGCCCGAGACGGCGGUGGGGUUGCUGGCGUGGACCGAGGGCCCGGAGGUGCGGUGGGAGGAAGGAUGGCGCGAGAGCUUCGUGCACUGCGCCGGCAUGAUGCACGGGCGGCUGGAGCGGUGCGCCGACUUCCGCAACCUGACGCCGGUGACGCGCGCGUUGCUGGAGCGGGCGAGCCUCGAGACGCAGCUCCGGGUGCAGGCGGCCGAAGAUCGGCUGGGUGAGCUGCAGUGCCCGGAGAUGUGGCCGUCCUCCGGUCGGCUUGCGAAUAACAAUAGCCAGGCCAAGGCGGCGGCCGAGAGGUUUCAGAAGUUCCUACUGAAACACUACUCUCGGAUCUACGGCUCAUGGCCGCCACCACUGCCGGCGGACGACAGCGCGGGGUACGGUGGCGGGUCCGGAGGCGAAGGCGAGGAAGGCAUAUGGCUGACGAGGACGGUCGCGCAAGCGCUGCAGCGGGACUUGGGCGCGCUGUACGACUACCUGGUGAACCGCGACAUCGUGUGGGACGAGUCCGAGGCGCGGUCGGGCCGCAAGUGGAUGAUGGUCAGCGAGUCGGGCAACCGGGCGUUCGAGGCGGACAUUUCGGAGCUGCCGAUGACGGACAUGCUGGUAGAGUUCGACAACAAGAUGCGGUUCCCGCACAUACCGCACCCUUACCCGUUGGUGCCGGAAUCGAUGCCGGGCGGGACGGCGGCAGCAGUGGCAGCAUCCAACACCGGCAGGGAGACAUCGUUCAUGUUCAAGAGCUCGAAAAAGAGCGGCGGGAACGCAGCGCUGGAGAGGCGGGUGCAGCUCGCGUACACGGAGGCGACCAACAUCUACGCGCUGGGUACCGAGUUCACGCAGUCGGAUCUCAUCGACGCGUUUGUGAAGUUUGAGAAGACGGACCGGAUCGGGGAGGUGGACCCGGCCGUGGCGCGACGGGGGCGGUGGGUGCUCCUAUACGGGCUGCUGCAGACGCUGGCGAGCGUGUCGGUGGACGUUCCGAGCGUGCGGUACCGGGAGGGGGUGCCGUAUCACCUGUCGGCUCGGCUGCGCGGCAGCCGGGUGCCCCCGUGGAAGGUGCCUAGUGCAGGGACAGGUACAGGGACAGGGACAGGGACAGGAGGGACAGGAUCGGCUGUGGGACGUGGUGGUAUGGAUGAGGCGGCUCACGAGUUGUCACACUGUUGGGUGGCACCGGCGUCCUGGGUCCGCGUGGACGACGAGCAUGAGGAAGAGUAUUUUUGAGGGACCCGACAGGUAGGGCAGUUGAACGUUUUGUAUAUAAGGUAGUGUAAUGAGUGGAUAUUACGGUAUUCUUGUGUGGAAUCCGAGAGCAAGUAUGUAUUAAUAUCGACUUUGCUAUUAUAAUAAACACUUUUCGGUUCGAGAACAGGUGGUGAUGGUGGUGGUGGUGAUGGUGGUGGUGGUGAUGGUGAUGGUGGUGAUCCCGACUUGAACAGGGAGAAUAUGUACUGAU